AGAGCAAGAGAGAGGCAGAGGGAGAGGAAAGGCGACUAGGAACCGAAGAAGCACUACCUCCGUGGGUGCCCGCCACCAUGAGAGCCUUGCAUCACUUGCCCCAGCCGUUGCUUCGUCCAUGGGCCAUGUCGUGAUCCGUGGGCUCCGCCAGCGGGAUUUCUGUCCGUGAUCCGAGCCGCCGAGGAAGGGGGGAGAAGAUGUCCGCUUCGGUGGGCCCUCGGGGCGGCCCGCGCCCACCCGUUGCGCCGGCGUCCAUGCAUGAGCCGGACCUGAGCCAUCUGACUGAGGAAGAGAGGAAGAUAAUCAUGGCCGUGUUAGCUCGACAGAAGGAGGAGGAGGAGAAGGAAGAGGCCAUGUUAAAGGAGGAGAGGCCAAUUCAAGCAAGAACUGUGAACCUGGUUGGGCAGAAGAAGCCUCCUCAGCAAAAUGAUGUCAGAGGUAUCCAGCAGCAGUUGUCCAGCUACAGGGAGACGGUGCGGCGGGUGGGGGAGGAGACGCGUCGGCAGACCACCACGGGCCAGCACCGGGACGACGCGCCCACCUGUGGCAUCUGCCACAAGACCAAGUUCGCUGACGGCUGUGGCAACCUCUGCUCCUACUGCCAGAUCAAGUUCUGUGCCCGCUGCGGGGGGAGGGUGUCCCUGCGCUCCAACAAUGAGGAGAAAGUGGUGAUGUGGGUGUGUAAUAAUUGCCGUAAGCAGCAGGAGAUCCUCACUAAGCCAGGGGAGUGGUUCUCAGGUCCAGGGAAGCCAGGUCUAGGCUCAGGCAUCAGUGACCCGGCCAUGUGUGGCCUGAACCCCGGUGACGAGAAGCUACGUUCCCGCUCCCAGGUCCCCCUGGGGCCCCACGACCCCAACUGCCCCAGUGUCCCAGGACUGGCACCAGGAAUGGACCUCCGCUCACGCAGCGAGCCGCCGAGAAAGCCGGGUGAUCAGAACAGUAAAGGUCGAGGUGAGCAUCGGCCGGGUCAUCCCAGACUCCACACCCAGGUGUCUGUGGACCGUGACCAACGGGAGCGAGAGCGGAGGGAGGGCCGGCGGCUGAGUAAGGGCCGCUCUCUGGAACAUGACCCUGUGGGUGCGGGGGUCCCCCGAUGGACAGAAGAGGGCUACCACAUAGACACCAACGCCCCCCGACAUUUAGCACAGCCCCAGCCAGGGGAGCCACUGGGGGGCAGGCACCCUCUACAGCCCCAGGGGCGAGGCAGGGGGGUUGAGAUUGGGUUUGAGGGUGUUGGGGGCCAGCCCGAGGCUAUGCUGGGCCAGAGGACAGUGGUGGGGGGUAUUGGGGGCCAACAGGACCUUGGCCCUCCACAUCUCCAGCCCCCAGACCUCAGGGAAACCCCUGGGUCAGCCCCUGGCCCCGGACCAAGCCCCCUCCUGCGCCGGUCCAAACGGGAAAAGGCUGAGAGCAUGCUGCGAAAUGAUUCGCUCAGCUCGGACCAGUCAGAGUCUCUGCGGCCACCCCCGCCACGGCCCUACAAGUCAAAACGUGGCGGUGCCGGGAAGAGACAGACAUCAGUCAGCAGCUCAGAGGAAGAGGGAGGGACCACGCCAGAGUACAGCAGUUGUGAGGAUGCCGAGAUCGAGAGUGUUAGUGAGAGAGGGGACUGGGAGUGCUACCCACUGGACCCCACUGUGUGGCAUCAUCCGGUGACAUGGCAGCCAUCCAAAGAGGGUGACCAUCUAAUCGGCCGAAUCACCCUGAGUAAGAGGAGCGUUAUGCCCAAAGAGGCCGGGGCACUGCUGGGGCUGAAGGUGGUUGGGGGAAGGGUCACAGAGGCGGGCAGACUGGGAGCCUUCAUCACUGUAGUCAAGAAGGGCAGUCUGGCCGACAUCGUGGGACACCUACGAGCAGGGGAUGAGGUUCUGCAGUGGAACAGCAAGAUGUUGCCAGGAGCAACCCAGAAAGAAGUUUACAAUAUCAUUCUCAAUUCCCAAGCAGAACCCCAAGUGGAACUAGUGGUGUCCCGGCCCAUUGUUGAUAUCCCAAGAAUUCCAGACACGUCCCACCCUCCACUAGAAUCUACCCUCACAGCAGGUUCCAGUUCAUUCGAGUCCCAGAAGAUGGAGCAGCCAUCUAUAUCAGUCAUGUCCCCCACCAGUCCCAGUACACUAAGAGACAACCCACAGCUAAUGCCUGGACAGCUCACAGUACUGCCCGGACAACUUUCAGUGAAGCUGUGGUAUGAUAAGGUGGGACACCAGCUAAUAGUGAACGUGGUCCAGGCCACAGAGCUGCCUACACGGCCGGAUGGGCGACCCAGAAACCCCUACGUCAAAAUGUACUUCCUGCCGGACCGCAGUGAUAAGAGCAAGCGGAGGACUAAGACAGUGAAGAAGAGCGGAGAGCCCAUGUGGAACCAGACGUUUGUGUACUCCCACGUCCACCGCAGAGACUUCCGCCAACACAUGCUAGAGCUGACUGUGUGGGACCAGCCUCGCCUACCUGAUGAGGAUAGCAUGUUCAUGGGCGAGAUCCUGAUAGAGCUCGAGACAGCCCCGUUGGAUGAUAAGCCUCAUUGGUACAAUCUGCAGACCCACGACGUGUCAUCCAUCCCUCUGCCCCGGCCAUCCCCCUACAUGCCCCGCAGACACACCCACCCCAACACACCCAGCAAGAAGCUUCAGCCGGCCGAAAGAGGCUCACGGGAGAGAGAGAGGCAGCAGAGGGAUCCCCACGCCACCACUCUGGAGGUGCCGGAGCAGCAGAGGACACCCCAGCAUCGCUCUCGAUCUGUCUCCCCUCACAGAGAGGAACAGGGCAGGGGCCGAUCACGACCCACCAACGUCCCCACCCAGAGGAGUUUGGAUGAUGAGGUCCACCAUAGUAGGAGGUCUAGUUCUCCCACCCGCUACUACGACUCUGCCAGAGGACACUACCAGGAGCAGGACUAUGUAGAUGACAGUGAGGUCAUCUUGAUCCACCAAUCAAAUCGGGGCAAAAGUGCAGAGUGCCUACACACUAAAAGUGAUCUACAGCCUUCUCUGGACAGGGUUAAGACUUGGAGCGCUAGCACCAACUGUCUGAACCCAGAAAGGAACCACAGUGUUCCUUCACCAGAGCCCCAAAGCUGUUCCCAGUCUCUGCCCCGCAGACGCCCCGGCAGCCCCAGGAUUCUAAUCCAACACGCCUCCCCAGAAGACGACAGGCAAACUCGGACCCUGGACUCAUCCACCUGUCACACUCUGGGCAAGAAGCUCCCUGACAGAGACAGGAUCCCCCUCCAAGGUGGUGCGUCUCUGUCCUCCUCCGUGACGUCCUCGUCAGCAGCUCGCAGGGUCAGACACCUCCCACAGGUCCCCGACAAGAGUAGCAGCCCCGUAGAGCAAGCUCUAGCAGCAGAGGAGCGUGUUCGUCAGCUCCAGAUGAAGGUGCAGCAGAGGGACUCCUACAGGAGUUCUGCUGCUCCCUCCACUUCCAGCAGGGACCUGGAGAGGGCGCUUAAGAGCAAACGCGAGGUCAGUCACCUUUCACUAGAGCUGUAUAAGGACCAGAGGAGAACCAGCUGUGAGAACGUAUCCCGCAAGUCUUCAGACAGUGAUGUCAGUGACGUGUCAGCCAUCUCUCGCACCAGCAGUGCCUCCCGCAUCAGUAGUACCAGCUACAUGUCCAUCCAGUCAGAGAGACCCCGGGGACGCUUCAACAAUGCGAUCCAUGCGUCAGGCCGCAGCAUGUUGAAGAGCACCAGCGUGAGCGGUGAGAUCUAUGGCAUUGAGCGCACGGACGGCAGCCAAUCAGAUACAGCAUUGGGCGGGGGCAAGAAGCGACGCUCCAGCCUCAGCCAACGCGUGGUGGCCAUCGUGGGCCUGCCCUCCAGACGCAGCUGCAGCACCUCACAGCUCACCUCCCAGAAAGAAGCAGUGGGGGUGGAUACUAAGAAGAAGGGCAAGAAAAAGAACAAAAUCCAGAUCCAGAGGAGUACAGAGGUGGGUAUGGCUGUAGAUUACCCCCGCUCUGCCAUGAACCGCCAGACCAGCAGAGACUCCACCAACGGCAGCAUGAACAGCUACAGCUCUGAGGGGAAUCUAAUCUUCUCGGGGAUGAGGCUGGGGGCUGACAGUCAGUUCAGUGACUUCCUGGAUGGCCUUGGCCCGGCCCAACUGGUGGGCCGGCAAACAUUAGCCACACCUGCCAUGGGAGAUGUUCAAAUCGGAAUGAUGGAUAAAAAAGGCCAGCUGGAGGUAGAGGUGAUCAGGGCACGUGGCCUUAACCCCAAACCAGGGUCCAAAUCACUCCCAGCUCCCUAUGUCAAGGUGUACCUGUUGGACAACGGAGCCUGUAAAGCCAAAAAGAAAACCAAGAUUGCACGUAAAACCCUGGAGCCACUUUAUCAGCAGGCCCUGCUGUUUGAGGAGAGCCCACAGGGGAAGGUCCUCCAGGUAAUAGUCUGGGGCGACUACGGGCGACUGGACCACAAAUGCUUCAUGGGAGUUGCACAGAUCCUAUUGGAGGAGCUGGAUCUCUCUAGCACAGUGAUUGGCUGGUACAAACUGUUUCCCCCGUCCUCAUUGGUGGACCCUACAUUAGCCUCGCUCACGCGGCGGGCGUCCCAGACAUCCCUGGACAGCUCAGGACCAGCUAGUAUGCGCUCUUAGUGACCGCAACGUAACCACAACCCCAAAUGGACCACAACCAAUGGACCACAAAUGACCAGAGUGCAUGACAACAUACCUAGGGCCAAUUGCCCUUAGGGCAAAAGAGCAAAUCAGACAGAGAGAAAUAGAGAGAGAGAGAGAGAGAGAGAGAGAGAGAGAGAGAGAGAGAGAGAGAGAGAGAGAAAGGAAGGGAGAUAGAGAACUAGCCAAUCAGAGCUUAGCUGGAUUCUGACAAUCACUUGCCAUGCCUCCCUCCCUUCCCUCACGCCUUUCUCUGGGCUGCUGGGGCCUUGCUCCUGAGUCUCACCUCUUGUAUUCCUCAUUCCUCCUUUUUAUGUAUCCAUCCCCCUCCUCUCUGACAUCUACUUUCUUUGUCCCCUCUUUGUCCAUUCCUCCUCUCUCUCUGUUGAGUGUGUUAUGGCACGUGCUCCUGAGAUAGAAGGGACUCAUGCAGCCCACUCUGUUAGGUGGCAAAAGGGACGUCAGCCCAGGCUUGGUGAAGCCAAUCAGUGAAGAGGUUAUUGUGAGGCCAUAAAGGGUGUGCAGGAGACAAAGAGAAAAUAUUGAUUUUUUUCAUACAACGAUUGAUUGCAAAAGAGAAAGAAAAACAGAGGCCAAAUGAUGGUUAGAUAUAUUUUAUUCCAUAUUCUAUUUGCCUAGAGUUGAGAAAGGUACCAUGUGGUGCAGACUCCCUGUGUGUGUAUUUGGUUUCGAGUGACGGUGGUCUGCAGACCUGCAGAGGUCUUGUCAUACCCCCCUCUAGUCCCGCCCCUGCGAGCGUGGCAGGCACAGCAUGACUCGGGACCCCGGCCCAAGCUGCAUGCACAUUUUUUUGUAAAACAAAAGCCAGACGAAUUACUUUUAAAAAAGAGACUAAAUGUGUGUUAGUUCCACAUAUUUUAGGCCAACUUGUAUGUUGCAUGUACUUGUACAGUUUGCUCGUACUGAAUAUGAAUACAAACAGAAAAGCCAAGCCAUCCGCCUUCCAAGGGCGGACACGGGGGAAUAAGCUCCGCCCAGGCCACACCUCCAACUCUGGGUACGAAUUCCCAUAUUAGGAAGUCUCCAAAAGCCUUUUUUAUUUUCUUGUGUUCCUUUUGAACCCUUUGGAGAGCAGUGCUGUAUCGUAGUACUGAGCAAACUGGAGACCCCUGACUAUCUGAGGAUCUAGGUGCUUUAACUGUAGUCUAUGACAGUGGGGCUGGAAACAGAGGUAGAGAAUGUGUGUAUAAAAACAGAGCUUAAUGUAUAUGAAGUAUAAUUAUGACUUGACAGAAAUUAUAAAGAUAUAUGAUUAUCAAAUUAGUGCAUUUGACUACACACAUUACUUAAGUGCACACACACAUUGUAAAUAUAAGUCAUCGGGAGAAGUUUGACAAUAUUUACACACACACAAAACGAUCCAAACAUUCCUGGUCCUAUGGAAACAGAUCAGAGCCCCAUGCCCUGUGCUGUGAGAGCCGCUGAGCGGUGCCCAACCACAAGGGGGAGCCAACAGACCUUUCAGAUUCUCGUAAUAGCAGCCAACACCAACGUGACUAUUUGCAACACACACCAUCUUGUUUCUUUAAUUGCAAAACUUUAAACCCACUAUUUUCUCAUGGUUUGGACUGAAUUUAAAAGCCAAUGAAAAUCUUAUUUGCUGACGUUUCAGUUUAACCCCUUGCGGUGCGGCCCACUGCCCUUUCCUUUGUCGGUAUUACUCCAUGAUACUGAUUGUUUACAGUCCAUAGGUAUCCACUCAAAACACGAUAUCUAGGAAAGAAGUAUUCACUGCAACAUUUCUUGUUUGUAUAACAGAUGUGGCUCUACUGAUGUGUAUGUUUUAUAUUCAAGAGUUCAUUUUUAUUAUUUACAAAUAAAAGACUGUGUGGAAGAAAAUGGUGGGCAAAUCAACUCAAGUUAUUGUCAAUAAACAGGUAUACGAUGUUGAAAAUGACUAACUUAGCUACUGCAAAAUGGCUGCUGUUCAGUACAAAGGAGCCAUAAGACAGGCCGUGUUUUUAAGCUCCAACAUAUUAAGCAAUUGAACAACUUUCCCUUACCUAAACCCUAACCAUAACCCUUAACAAAGGUAGGUGCUGCACAUCAGUGGUGGGCUGAUGUGGGUUGGCCCCCUUACAAUGGCAAUAUAAAGUGCUACUACAGACUUUGUUCAGCAUCAUUCUCUAUCAACUGUUGUUAUCCUUCAUAACAAUAUAAUUUAUGCAUGCCAUAACUGCUUUAGGAAAGAUAAUUGAUUCACAUACCUGAGCUGUUGGAAUAAUCUUCAGUCUAAGAAUACACCUUGAAAUGUGUAGAUUUUCACUGGUAUUAACAAUAAUAAACCCUUUCCAAUACUCCGUUUUAGUGGUAGCACUAGACACUGUCUUAGGCCUACCUACAUCAUGACUGCAUUCUUGCAUGACAUACAUAUUUUCAAAUACUAUGGAGCAGCACAGGGCACAUGCGUGCAAUGUGCACAUAAGUUGUAGCCUGUAAUGUAAACUACAACCAAUAUGUGUAGGGUGUUUGCAAACUACCAUAUAGAACAUACAUUAAAUUCUGAAUGUGAACGUAACGGACAUUACGAAGCACACAGUGAAGGCAUAUUCUGUGAAAAAAUGUGCCUAUGCAUUCACAUGUAGGCCUAUCGACCGCAAAGACUGGUCAUAUUUAUACCUAGGCCUAUAGGUCUACAUUUGGUUAGCCUACAAACAAAUCGUUUUUUUUUAGAUCGAUGCACAUAGGCCUAUGUGUUGCCAAGAGGCAGAGCAGAAUAGUUUUGGCGAAAUUUUGACGUUUGGUGCGCCAGAUGAAAUGGUUAAGUACAACAACAAAAAAGUACGCUGUCCAUGGUUCUGAAAUGAACUGUUGUGUAGGCUAAUGCAACAAUUAGACUUAGUCCUAACUACCCACUCUCCGUAAAUUGGUGUAGGAAAUCAUCCUGCAAUAACUUAUUUAUCUGUCAUAUCACUUUUUGAUUGACUUGAAGUUUCUCUUUCUUGGCAGUUUACAUUUUUCCUCUACCAGAUUUAAUCUUUUUCUUUAGCUUUCUUUAUCUUUUUUUCGCUUUUGUAAAUGUUUUCGUUGAACUGUGCUCAUUUAGGCCUAUGGAUAUUGCUGUGCGUGCUCUCUGACCUUUUGCGUGCUACGUAAAUUGUUUGUAUAGACAACGUGCACAUGCACCUGCACAUCACCCAAACAGAUAUCAUGGGUAGUGGGCGGGCGGCUGUAACUAUAGAACGGAUAUUAAGGAUCAUGUCAGAACGAAUGCUAUUUUUCGUCGGUGCUAAUCAUUUGAACCGCGCGGAGUUAAACUCACA